UCAAAUUCAAGAUGGAUGGAAUCACGACCAGCGCGCAGAAAGCUCACAACACUGCAUAAAGUCCCGGCUGUGUGGAGGAGAGACCAUAUUGACGACGGGCGGGCCAUGGAGAGCCUUGUGCAUUACAGCAAUCCCUCCCAUGCCCUCUCAGUGUUAGGCGUCCUGAAUGAGCAGCGCCUGCGGGGCCAGAUGUGUGAUGUUGUACUGGUUGUGGCGGACCAGAGGUACCAGGCCCAUAAGAGUGUUCUGGCUGCCAGCAGUGAUUAUUUCCAGUCCCUGUUCACAAGGAUGGAUGCAGAGUCACUGAAAGUUGUAAACCUGGACUUCUGUGAGCCUGACGCCUUUGAGAUAGUUCUGAAUUACAUUUACUCCUCCUCACUUUUUGUCGACAAAGGCAGCCUGGCGGCCAUACAAGAGCUGGGCUACAGCCUUGGAAUCCCUUUCCUCACCAACAUUGUGUCAACAAGGCCACAUGCAUCCUACUGUGUGUCUAGAAAACGGCUUUCGUUCUCAGAAGGAGAUGAGAAUGAUGUCCAGACAAGGAGCGUCAUUGUGUGUCGGAUCCAGAAUGACACAACCCAUCCCUCGCGCUCAAAUUAUCUGAGAAAAACAUCACAGAGAUCAUCAUCUCCCCACUCUACUCUGGAAUCAGCUCAGACUCCAUCAGAACACAACUCAUAUGAAUCCAUCAGAAACUCUGAAUCCAUCAGGAAAUCAUCUGAACAGAGUGAAGCUGCAGACAGGAAGUCCACCUAUCCAUACACCUCCAUAUUGAAAGGGAAUUCAUCACACAUCACAUCUGUUCGGCCCCAGCUGACGUCAUCAGUGUCUUUCAGUGAUGCUGAAGUGCAGCCCAUCAGGCACGCUAAAGAGGAGAACGAGGAGCAGGAGCCCCACUAUGACACCAAAGUGCCCUUUCAGGGUCAGGCCAGUGAGCCGAGCCAGACCAUUGACAGGAGCGGGCCGCUCAUAAAAAGCCUGCUCCGAAGAUCUUUAUCAAUGGACAGCCCCGUUCCAGUGUUCUCACCAACACUGGAGCUCAAGGAGCUGCAAAAUCGUGAACAGUCAGUUGUUAAAAUGGCUUUAAAAUCACCUGGGCCAGAGACAUCUGUUCACAAUGGCAAUUCCAAAAGAACAUCUCCCCUGGUUCUCAGGUCAAAGCACCCCAGCAGGUAUGAUGAAGACACUCAGGUAGAAGGAGAAGUCAGCGUGAAAGCUGAGCCCAGCAGUCCACUCGCCGACCCCAUGGACAUUAUUCGAAUCACAGUUGGAGAUGCGUUGCCAGUCAAUCUUAACGACUUGCAAACAAACUAUGACCAAGGUCCCAGGCCAGACUUAAAUUCUUUUGGGAAAAGAAAGGACAGGCCGGACAACAGAAGGUACCCAUUCAAGAAGAGCAAAAUCUUUAAAGAACAUACCCUCUCACUUGAUGAGAACAUGUCAAAAACAGUAUCUCAGAGUGCCAGCAGCAACUCUCAUGAGAUCAGUGGGGAGCCGCCUCAGAACAAGAUUUUCAAAUGCUGGAACUGUUUAAAGGUUUUCAGGUCCAGUGCUGGACUACAUCGUCAUGUAAAUAUGUAUCACAAUCCCGAAAAGCCGUACGCUUGCGACAUCUGCCACAAGCGCUUCCAUACCAACUUCAAAGUGUGGACUCACUGCCAAACUCAGCAUGGUGUAGUACAAAAUCCAGCCUCAUCCUCCAGUUCCUCUGUACUGGAUGAGAAAUUUCAAAAGAAGUUGAUAGAUAUUGUGCGAGAGAGGGAAAUAAAGAAAGCCUUGCUUUGGAAGUUAAAGAGGAAUAAGCAGGGUUUGCAAUCUCCUGCACUCACCAAAAAGAGAUCAAGGCCCAGCUUCAUAUGUCCUUACUGUGGGAAGGUAUUUGUGUUCCAGUCUCAGUACAGGCAGCAUUUAAGGACACAUCCUGCUGAAAAAGCUGACCAGGAGACAGGGAAUGAGAGCAUCCUCUACCAGGAACAGGAUGAGAUCAUUCAACAGAAGGACACAGACGCUGGCGGUUACUCCUGUAGACUUUGUAAUAUGAAGCUGUCGUCACUCUUUGAACAGGGAGACCAUGAGAGGGGCUGUCGACAUGCAACCGUAUGCCCCUACUGUGGCCUCCGCUUCUCCAGUCCGACGGUCAAGAAGGACCAUGAGUCACACUGCAAGUACAAGAAACUUACAUGCCUGGAAUGCAUGCGGACCUUCAAGUCCUCCUUCAGUAUAUGGCGCCACCAGGUGGAGGUCCACAACCAAAACAUGAUGACUGUUAAAGACCAGAUUCCCCUGAAGCAACCAGAGAACAAUGAAGAGGAGUCUGAAAUGCUCAGAGAGGAGCAUUACAGCAAUGAGCCUCUAGCAACUGGGAGCUCAAGAGAGAACAUAAGUUACAGUGACUCCUCAGGUCCACCCAUGUACGAUUCAGAAGACUCCUCAUCCUAUGUGCCUGAGGACCUGAGCAUGGGCCACCACGGCAAGCUGGUGGUGAAGGAGGAGCCAUUAGAGGAGGCUGUGAGUGAGAGGGAAAAAACAGAGACUGCCAAAACUGGGCUUGAGGAAGCCGGUGUGUGGCCAUGCGAGAAAUGUGGAAAUCUUUUCAGCUCUCGCAAAGACCUGGAACGACACCAGGAGCUGCUAUGCCACAUCAAACCGUUCAUCUGUCACAUCUGCAACAAAGCCUUCAGGACCAACUUCCGCCUUUGGAGCCACUUCCAGUCCCACAUGUCGACUGCUAAUGAACCCGGAGCCAAAGAGAUCGACAGACAGCCCUCAUCUCUGUCUCCCUCCCCUCCCGCUACCCCUCAAAACUCGGAGCGUCCCUCCUCGCAGGCCUCCGUGCUCAAAUCCACCCAGACGGCGCCUGUUGCUGCAGUAAUGGCCGAGGAGUCCAACAGCCCAGAGCCCUGUAGCUCAUCAGUAGGCAAGACGAAGAGGCCUGAACUAGAACGGCAACUCAGCAGCCACAGCCCUCUGUCAAGGUCAAACAGCACUGAGAAUCCAGGUGGCCCUCAGGAACCAGACACGCUCUUUUACCACGCACCGUCUCUCUCUGCCCUGACGUUUAAGAGGCAGUACAUGUGUAAACUCUGUCACAGGACCUUCAAGACGGCCUUUAGUCUCUGGAGCCAUGAGCAGAGUCACAGCCACAUGUAAGCAUCAGACAAGUUAUAGUUGUGCAUUUCUCGUGAGAGACAAUAUGUAAUAUUAGAAUAAACACACCUCAGCCUACAGAAGGAAGACUCUGAAUGUAUAGCUUAUUCGCUUGCCUCCAAUGUCAUAUAUUAAAGUGGCCAUGUUCAUUAGAGGUGUAAACGUGAAUGUGCAAUCAAGUGCUAGAUUCCUCUGUGAGACGAUUAUAAAUGGUUUAUUUUCCUUUUCGAAAUGAGCUAUAAGCAUUUCUCUAUAUUAAACCUCUUAGUUGUCUACAUGUAAUUAUCUAUCGAGGUGUUUUGAGAAAACAAGGCAUAGAGUUGCACCCCUCAUUACUUCAGAUGUACCACUUUUGACAGGUAUAGCUAUAUACGUUGUUUUCUCAGAGUGUGGAAAAAGUGCUUUAAAUUUUUGGAGGCUGCAGUUGAAUUAAAAAAUAGUGCUUUGCUUUUAUAUCAGAUCUAUCUCUUGAUGUGACUGACAACCCUUAAGAUAAUAUUGGUGGCCUCAACGAUGUAUUCAAUAUGCACUUUGCUUAACAGUUUGAUUCUGUUAUUUGGGUAAAUAGUCCAAAAUGUUUGCUUGGAUCCUCUCACCAACUGAGGUUUUAGGCCACAGCAGAGAAACAGAAAAAGGCCCAAAAGUUUCAGUUUUGUUUCUUUAUGCUUGGCAUUAUUUUGCAUCUCUUCUGUCAUAUUUGAGUUUCUUGUUGCCUUUGUGUCAUUUUGUUUAAUGGGCAGAUUGAAAAAUACCUUCAGUAUAAUAAUAGUAAUGUUCUAUCACACACUGUACAUCAAACACACCUCAGAUACCUGCUGUUUGAAGCAUUGCAUUUCAGUAUGUAGCCUUGAUUAAUUGCAUGCAUUACAUUUAUUGUCUCCAUUCAGUAAUUAUAAUUUAUCUUCCUAAUCACUAGCCUGGUGAAUAAUUUUUAUCUGAUACAAACGGAUGAGACAAAACUAUCAUCAGUCGUUAGAUUUGAGAAAGUUAUGUUUUUUUGUUAUUUACAGGUAGCUGUAAUAUAGAAACAUUACAGCACAGUGCAUGUUGCUGAAAAAACAUUUGUAAAAGGAUCUCAGACCAGCUUACUAGUAAAAAUGUCAGUCAGUGAAAAUUAUGGGCUGGGUUGAUUUGAUAGUGUCCUAAAUAUUAGACAACGUCAUUCGUCAUUUGGCUCAUUACUUCAGCUGCUAGAACUCAAUCUGAAAUAUUUAUAGCAAGCAAAGCACACUGCAUAGUAAUGCAAUUUAUUGUCAUACUGAAAUAAUAAACAUGCAAAUUAGAAUUUGAAAUUAUAAUUUCUGAACGACUCAAGUUCGACACCCCAGUGGAACACCAGUGUUAUGUAAAUACUCAUAUACUGAUAGAUUUUUGCAGUUCAACACAUUAGGUACAGUAAUAAACCAAGCUUUACGAUGCUUUGACGGCCUUAUGCAAGUUGAAAAAUAUUUUGUCAAUACUAUUUUACAUGAAAGCACAAUAGAACUUCAGUUGACUUAUGACUCAGGCUAUUCACGAUGGUAAAGUCAAGACGAGGGAGGCAUGACAAAGCAAAUCUUUUAUUCACAAAUGGUAAGAGAGUAUUCCUGCUUCCGAAAGAUUUCUUAUUAAAGAUUGUGUUUUGAUUGUAUUCCAGUUGUUUCACAGUUGUUUUCUUGUCCAAGUAUAUACUUCUGCUUUGGCUUGAUGGAUUAGAGUUUUGUCAUAAAUUAUUACGGUCGCUACUAUUUGGGAGAUGUUGCAUUCGAAAAGUGCUCCACACAAACUAUCGGAAUGUUUUCUACGAAAUGAGCAACGCGAGCAGCAUUGUGAUGUUAAAUUCUUUGGAGAAAUUCUGUAUUGAUAAUAGUGCUCUUAAUUUCUUGUGAUAAAAGCUUUCUGAAGUUUCACAGAAAUGAUUAGAAUUGUGUAUAUGGAAGUGUUUGUAUCUUCGAUUUUGUACCAAUUUUAUUAGUUAACAGAAGUUUUAUCUUUUUAGUAUUCCUGUGCUCUCACUGCAAUAAUGAAUAUUUGUAUCAGCAUUGGUUGCAAUAUUGUUGCUUUUGGAGCUGUUUUGUGUUUAGGUUUUUCUACAGUUUUUGUGCUUCAUUUCUGUAAUAAAGAGUAACAAUGGAGUAUACUGUA